AUGGCCGUAGCCCUGCAGCUGAUGUCUUUCUGGGUGGCUCUCGCCUCCACCCUCUUCCUGGUCGCCGCCACGUGGACCGACUGUUGGAUGGUGAAUGCCGACGACAGCUUGGAGGUCAGCCACAAAUGCCGGGGCUUAUGGCGGGAGUGUGUCACCAACAUGCAAGACGGCAUCAGGACCUGUGACCAGUACGAUUCGAUUUUAGCAGAACAUCCCUUGAAAAUCGUGGCGACACGGGCAUUGCUGAUCACAGCCGCCCUCCUCUCCGGCUUUGCCUUGGUCUUGCUGGUCCUGGGUCUCGACUGCAUCAAGUUUCUCAAGGAGGAGCCAGGGAUCAAGCCGAAGAUGCGCUACUCGGCCGGCGUGGUGCUCGGAGUCGCAAGUGUCCUGGGGCUGGUGGGCUCGGUGUGGUAUGCGGUCGAUGUCUACAUGGAGAGGGCCGCCCUCGUCUUCCACAGCGUCUUCUUGGGAAUCCACUAUGAUUUCGGCUGGUCCUGCUGGCUGGGAAUGGCAGGGUCCAUGGGGUGUUUCGUGACGUCCCUUAUGCUAGUCUGCUGCCUUCACGCUGUCCCAGAUGCUGCAACCCCCAGGAGACCCGAGCGACCCUCGUACCGUUCCCGGACGGUCACUUGCAAGAUGUACGCAAUUGCUUCCCGUGUGUGA